GCUUUUGAGUUCUGAGAGUUGCAUAACCUUUAGGGCAAAAAGGAAAGGAUGAUAUAGGUAUCUUCCCAGGAAUCGAUCGGGGAAAUUCUACGAAUUGGUAAUUGGUUGCUGCCUCUCUCUGCUCCAUCUCUCUCAUAUGAGAAGUGGCGGAGGAGGAUAAGGAGAAGCGACAUGAGAGGAGGGAUGGGGGAUUCGAGCCUGCACCUCCAGGAAUCCGGGUGGGAGGAGCUCCGCAAGGAAGCCAGGAAGAUCGAGGGCGAUCUCGAUGUCAAGCUCUCUUCCUACGCCAAGCUCGCUUCCAGAUUCACCCACUCUUCCUCCGGUUAUGGAGACAAUGGAUCACCCACUAUAGGAUCCAGCAGAUCAUGGAAAUCCAUGGAGAUGGAAAUUCAGUCGUUACUCGAGAAGUUACUGGAUAUUAAUGAUGCCAUGAGCCGUUGUGCUGCAUCAACAGCACCUACAACUUCUAUAAACCAGAAACUUGCAAGGCAUAGAGAUAUACUUCAUGAAUUCACACAGGAAUUUAGAAGAACUAAAGGGAACUUGAACUCCAUAAGGGAGCAUGCUGAACUUCUUUACUCAGUCAGGGAUGAUAUCAGUGAAUCGAUGGCAUCAGGUAGUAUGUCACCUAGGGUAAAUUUGCUGAGGGAAAGAGCAGCAAUUCAUGGAAAUAUAAGUCAUCGACCUUUGUCUCUUGAUGUGAAGAAUUGCGUUCAUUUUGUUACCAUCAUCCAGAUUGAUGAGGUGAUUGAUCAAGCACAAGCGACAAGAUCAGCAUUGGGAUCACAAAGGGUUUUAUUUGGUGAUGUUCAGGGGAAAGUGAAGCAGCUUGGUGAUAGAUUUCCUGAAAUUCGAGGCCUCAUCGGUGCCAUCAGACGAAAACGCUCCAAGGAUACACUUAUUCUUUCUGCCGUCAUUGCCGCUUGCACCCUGUUCCUAGUUAUUUAUUGGCUCUCGAAAUGAACAUGCUGGGAGUAUGACCAACAGUGGUCUUCCAUUUGUGUAUGAAAUAAAUGAUGAGGCAGUGGAAUUGAUAUGCAUUGCAUGGUGAAUCAAUACCAGGUUGGUAAUUCUGUUUAGAAGAAGAUGAUAAUAGAUUCCCUCUGUUUCUUAUUUGCUUACCUUAUGAAAUUUUCUUUUAGCAAAUAA